AUGCCACCAAAGCGCAAACUAAUUCCUCAAAAAGACGACGAGAUAGAAGAAAAAAUUUCACAAACAAUUACCAAAACACAAGCCAAAGACGAGGAAUUCGAUGAAGACAACAAAGACUCUUCAAUGAAAGUUCACGUCCCCAAAACGCGUACUAAAACACCGAAAUCGACAACAAGCAAAACGACAACCCCAAAGAAUUCGAAAAAACAAAAUACUCAAGGUAGUGACGAUGAAACGCCAAUUAAAAAGUCUUUUGUUGACUUAAUAAAACCAACAACACUCAAAAAGGUAGAAACGCCAAAAACAUCGUUCAAAGAGUGUGUGGUGUUUUGUAUGGGGACUGAUGAAACCCUCAAGAAAAAAGUCAAUUCAAAGGAGUUCAACCCGUUGACCACUGUGGUUGUAUUGGGAGAGAAAAAGCUUCCCCAAGACAUUCUCGAAAAGUGUAAUACAUCGGGCGUCCCAAUUGUUUCCGUAGAUUGGGUAGAAGCUUCACUCAAGUCUGGCAAUUGUGAAGAUUAUACGAAUUAUGUGAUUCCUAUAGACAACAUCGAAAUCCAAGAAGUACGAAAGAGAGACGAGAAGAGUACAAACGAUAAGUGUAAGAAGAAGCUAUUAGCAAUGUUCAGUUGA